AUGGGACGACAUCAGCUGAAUAGCCUGAACAACUCGUUGACGGGUGGUGGAUUUAUGGCCGAUAUGAUGACGCAAAACAUUCUUAGUCAUCACAUGAUGAUGAACAUGAACUCCCAGAUCAAACAGGAAAUCCCAUCAGAAGAGCCGAAAGAAGAUAUGCAACCGACUGUCGGUGCACCAGAAAUCCUGAAUAUCAAGGAGUUGAAUCUGCCAUUCUUGAACAAUUUAUUUGGCUGUACCGAUGAGAACUCAGGUGUAAUCGAGGGUGAACUACCAGCAUCAGCGACAGCUUCCGAACAUGACCAAGAAAUGAAUCUCGGAAAUGUCGGAAACUGA